AGCUUACAUUACUCUACACGACAAAACUUCACUGCCAAAUACUCACUCCUCACCUGCUACUACUACUUAUCUCUCCUCCUCAGAACGACGAAGGCAGCUCCCUAAACGACGUCGCUUCCAUGUCUCUCUCACUUCCUCUCUUGCCACCUCCGGCGGAUUCUCCGGCCGCCACGUCAUCUUCUCCUCCUCCUCCGCUGUUGCCGUUGACCCCUCUCCUCCCUCCCCUUCUUCCGCCUCUCUCUUCUCCUCCUCCGCUGCCCUCGGCUCCACCACCCUCCGUCGCAUCCCCGCCUCCUCCUCUGUCGGAAUCUCCGUUAUCUCCUCCUCCGUUAACCUCCGCUUCACCGCCAUUGCCGUCCUUUCCCGCCGAAUCGCCUCCUCCUCCUGCAAUCUCAGCUCCACCGCCAUUGCCUUCAUUUCCCGCCAAAUCACCUCCGCCUCCGCUCCGCUCUGCUACAUUGCCGCCGCAACCUCAACCGGAGACGCCGACGACAAUUUCUCCGCCGCCACCAACUCUUCGCCGCCGUGGUCCUCCGUCGUCGUUGCUUCCUCCUCCCGCAGAUCCUUCUCCCCCAUCUCCUCCUGAACCAUCCCCGAGCAUCCCAUUUCUUCCGGACGCUUCUCCUCCUCCUCCGAAGACAUCGUUUCUGCCGCCGUCCGCUCCGUCGCCGAAGAACUCGCCGGCGGCAACGCUUCCUUUCUUUGGGCCGGUGGGCUCAGUGCCAUUGAAGCCCAAUGGGCCGUUAACACCGCCUCUCGGUCCCGUUACAGAGCCCAAGAAUGGUCCUAGAGAAUCUGGUUUCCCGGCGACUGCUUCUCCGCCGUCACUUUUGCCACUGGUGCCGAAGAGUCUUUCCGAAACGGCGUCGUAUCACCGCCCCUCUGCCGGAUUUUUAUUCGGCGGCGUCAUCAUCGGAGUUCUUCUGCUUGUUCUGCUGGGUCUCCUGUUUGUCUUCUACAGAGCAACCAGAAAUGGAAAAGGAAGGUCAGAGAAUGGUCGUUCAGACAAUGUACCAAAAGUUCAACGUCAAGAUGGAAAUGCCGUUCGAGGGGGAACACACUCUGUUACAGCGCCAUUUCCUCCACAGCAUACACCAAGUGUUGGCUUCAGUACAAGAGACAAUGGCUCUGUGGCAUUUCAGAACUUUCAAACCCGAACAGCAACUACUCCUGCUGUUAACAUUACAGUGUCCAGCGGAACAUUCACGUAUGAUGAACUGUUUGAAGCCACCACUGGUUUCUCAGAUAGUAACCUUCUUGGACAAGGUGGAUUUGGGUAUGUCCACAAGGGAGUGCUGAAAAACGGGAGAGAAGUUGCGGUGAAGCAGUUGAAGAUCGGGAGCCAUCAGGGGGAAAGAGAAUUCCAUGCCGAGGUUGACACCAUCAGUAGAGUUCAUCAUAAACACCUCGUUUCGCUGGUCGGGUAUUGCAUUAAUGCUGAUAAAAGGCUGUUAGUUUAUGAAUUUGUUCCCAACAAUACCUUGGAAUUUCACUUACACGGAGACGGGAGGCAUGUCUUGGAGUGGGGAACGAGGUUAAAGAUUGCUCUAGGAGCAGCGAAAGGAUUAGCAUAUCUUCACGAGGACUGUAGUCCGACCAUAAUUCAUCGCGAUAUAAAAGCUGCUAACAUUCUUCUUGAUUCCAACUUCGAGGCAAAGGUCUCAGACUUUGGACUAGCGAGGUUCUUCUCAGACACCAAUUCUUCCAUCACCCACGUAUCGACUCGAGUGGUAGGAACGUUCGGGUAUAUGGCUCCAGAAUACGCAUCCAGCGGCAAACUAACCGAAAAAUCAGAUGUAUAUUCCUUUGGCGUCGUACUCCUAGAGCUCAUCACUGGGCGUCUCCCGAUUUUUCCGAAAAAUCCUUUCACAAACCAGAGCUUAGUUGACUGGGCGAGGCCUUUGCUUGCCAAAGCACUUGCCGAAGAAAAUCCCGAUCCUCUUGUGGACCCGAAUCUGCAAAGAGAUUAUGACGCUGCUCAAAUGGUUAACAUGGUUGCUUGCGCCGCUGCUUGCCUUCGCCCAUCAGCCUGGAUUCGACCUCGGAUGAGCCAGGUGGUUCGUGCCCUGGAAGGAGAGGUUUCCCUCGUGAAUCCCGAAGAAACGGGACAGAGCAUGACUUACAGUUCUUCCGAAAUGCCGAGUAACGUUUGGAGAACAAGCAUGAGGAGAUUCGAAUCGGGUUCGACGGGGAACAACACCUCAGAAUAUGGAAUCAACCUAUCCGUUUCAAGCAGCGAAACUCACACCAGACCAGAGUGAGUGAUCAUCACUUAGCAGCAGCUUCUGAAAGAAGCUACCACUCGGUUAACAAAAUGAUCGAACCGGAACCGGUAACCGGUUCGAGAUGAUUUCGUACCAAAGCUGACCGGUGCAUUCAUUCCUGGUGCGAAAGUGUUGUAGGUUUGGGGGCGGGGGGCGGGGGUUGCCUUAUGAAUAAAAGGUUUAUCAUUUGUAAGUUCUUCAUUGCGAUGUGAUGUCCAGUUUUAUUCUUAUUUCACAUGUUCCUGAAACCAAUCAUUCCUUCAAAUGUGUCGUUUUGAGUUUGGUGAUGUAAUUCGAUUUUCGCUAUAUAAAGAUCCAUUACCAAUUUACUGACAA